CUGAACUAUUUGGAGGUUUCUUGACGCACUGAAAAGGAACGAACGGUGAAAACGCAAAAACAGGUGAAAUUAACUUAGUGGGAAUAAGCUGACCCAAUGGAGGAUCACAUGACCUCGUCAGACUCAGCAGGUACCGGAUGCACUUCAGUUGCCAUGGUAAAGGACUCUGUAGGAGCUGAUGUGGACCUGCGUGUGCUGUGUGAUCGAGUGGAGGACUUGGAGCACAGAGCGGUUUCAGCCAUCCAGCCUGAGAGCUACCUGAGGAACAGGAUCAGAGAGUUGGAGACGUCAGAGAGGAGCCUCCUGCUGCAGCUAUAUCAGCUAGCGUCUGCCUCUCAGUUCCCCAACAUGCAUCACUCCCAGAGGCUGGACCAGAGACUCCACAUGCUCAGGGAGGAGGUCAGGACCAUGACUCAGGAGAAGGAGCGAGAGGAGCGAGUGUGGAGGGAGCGACUGCAGCGUUGUCAGAGGCAACUGAAGGCCAAAGAGGGAGAGAUGAGUCGACAGGCCCAGUAUUUUGAAAACUUUAAAACCCAACUCCAACACAAGCUCAGCCUGGCCUGGGAGAGAGAGCAGAGCCUGCAGAAUCGCAUCUACACUUUAGAAAAGCAGCUACUUGACAUGACUGUGAGUGCCGCCACUGGUAUGACAACUAUCAGAGCAGUCCGAAUCACUGGUGGUACUGUGCAGUGCUUGGAAGAACAAGACAGGCUAUCUUCCAUGAGGGGAGAGGGCGAAGGAGAAGAGGAGACCAAGGAAGAGAGGCGAAAGAAAUGGCAGCCAAGUGUUGGAACUGAGAGAGAAGAAAGGCGAAAGGGCGAUGAGGGAAAAGCAGAGAACAGCAUAGGAGGAGGAAGAAACAGUGACACAAAACAGUCCUCAAAUGAGGCAAGGUUACAAGGAUUCAUUGUCAGCCUGCAGGAGGAUCUCAGAGUACUGCUGGAGAGAGAGGAGGAGAGGAUGACUGAGAGGAAGAGACUAAUGGAGCAGCUCCAGGAGGCCCAGGAGAGCAACCACUUCCUCAGCUGCACCGUGGAUGAGAUGAAGUCAGAGAUCCAUCAGCUGAAACUAUCUGAGAACUCGCUAUUGGAGGAGCUUGAACACCUGAGAGAGGAGAACCUAAGACUGCAGCAGGUCCUCAGGGAUUCGGCUAACCACAUACCAAGCCAAUCAUCCGCAUGCCUGAAUCCUGAGACCAGCACACCCAACUCCAGUCUGGCUGUUAAUUCUGGGACUGCCAACAUUUUCUCAUAUUCCACUGCCACGGGACAGCCAUCAGUGGCUUGCUCAGGAGAGGUGCAGCCUUAUUCAUCAGAGGUUCCACUUGUUCACCACCAGGCGACAGCAGAGAGCACACAGAGCAGCACAGAGCAUUAUUCCUCAGCAGUUAAAUCAAAAAUGCCAACUAAAAGUCAUCCCAUAAACCUGUUUCACUACGGGUCUGAAUCCAGUGCCAACUUCAAGUCACUUUCCUUGACUACAGAAUCAAUAGAUGAGUUUAAACUUGGAAGCUGGUGCUCUGAAGGGAACUUAAACGUAGAAGAGAGCCCCAGUGAGGAAUCUGAUGCCCUGAGGGAAGCUUACAGGAGCUUGGGGUUAGAUAGAGAUCUUAAAGCGCUUCAGGAGCAACGUGACAACCUGAAGGUUGCUCUGCAGCACACACAGAGUCAGCUAAAGGAGAAAGCUGAGGAAAAUGCUCAGCUGAAGUUACAACUCAGGAAGCAAGCAGAGGAACUAGAGGCCGAGACUGAGCAGAGGUCUUCAGCAGAAAAGAUUAACACACCCUCUACUUAUGGUGGGAAUGAUCAACCCAGGUCAUCUCCUACCCAAGAUGGCAACAUUCUUGCUCUUGCCCAGGAUGAUCUUAUCCAAAGCCUGAAUCAGGAAAACGAGGCAUUGGCAGAGAGGAUCCAGGAGCUUUUGGCUCACAUUGAGCGCAAAGAGGAUGACAUCACAAAGCAGCAAACCCAACUGAUGGAGCGUAUCUCCCAGCUAGAAGAGGAUCAGGUCAGGCUGGAGCAGGAGAACCGGGAACAGGGGUGUUUGAUCUCAGAACUCACCAAGAAGACUGAGGAUGAUCUGAACACCAUCAUGGAUCUGCAGCAGAAGUUAGUCCAAGGAGAAGAAGCUUCACAAUUGAUGUUCAAUCAAGAAACUGACUCUACGAAAACAGGAUCAGUAUCUGGUAGUCAGCAUAAUAAUCUCUGUGACUUACUAAAAAGCAGCUCACAAAAAAAUCAUCUUCAUCUUGAUUCACAAAAAGAUGAAGCAGCCCAGCUGACCAGUUCAGUCCAGAACCUCAAAACAGACCAAGAAGAAUUGACUAAAUCCAUAAAUUCACUCAGAGAGCAGCAAAGAGAAGUAGCUCUGUCAGUCCAAGUACAGACAGAAGAGAAACAGCAAUUAACUCGGACAGUAUGGGGACUGAAGGAGGAAAAAGACCACAUCUCUAAAGCUCUGGCUGACCUUAAACAAGAGAAAGAGCAGCUGAGCAGGGCAGUCUGUGGGCUGAGAGAUGAAAGAGAACACUUUAAAAGGUCCAUAAACGGCCAAAAAGAGGAGAAAGAGCAGCUAACCAAGUCUUUAUCUGCACUUGAAAGAGAUAAAGGGGCAAUAUUAGAAUUUCUCUCAAGUGGAAAAGAAGAGCGAGAGGAAAUAAUGAAGUCACUGCAGAGUUUACAGACAGAAAGCGACCAGUUAAGCCAGACAGUGCUGUGUCUGAAACAAGAGAGAGACAAACUAACCGAUUCUCUUAAGUGUCUGAAGGAAAAGAGAGACCAGGAGCAAAUAUCUCACAGUUUAAAGGAAGAACACGACAGGUUGAUGAAGUCAGUAAGCAGCUUGGAGGAAGAAAAAAGAAGAACUGAACAUUCAGUCCGUUGUUUGAAACAAGCAGAAGAGCAGAUAAUGCAGGUAAUUCAAGACCUUAGGGAGGAAAGAGACAGCCUACAAGGUCUCAGCAUCCAAAAACAAACAGAGGAGAGGAAUCAAAAGCAGCAGAUGUUGAACUCAAGCAGCGCUGGUUUGACGAAGAAGAGUGAGAAUCCUGCUGAGACUGCAGAUUAUGCUACACAAAGAUGCCAGACUAAUAACCGUGGUGGAAACUUAAUACAGCAGGAAGAAAAUGAUCUGAUGAGAGAGAUUGAAACUUUGGGAGCAGAGCUAAAUAGGUCACGGGAGGAAAUGGACAAGAGCCGUGCAGAGAUCAAGAGGCUUCAGGGUGAACUGCGUCAUUCAGAAACGAGGAGGGAGGAGGUGGAGAGAAAGGCGAGCCAAGCAGCUGAAAACGCGAUGAAGCUCACAGAUGUUGAAAAUCAGAUGGAAGAAAUCAAGAAGGAAAAUUACAACCUCACAACCCAGGUGAAGGAGCUGCAGAACAAACUGACAGGCCUGCUCCGGGAGAAGACUGACAUGCUGUCACUCAAGGCUCAAACAGAGGAGCGAUAUAACAUCCUCACAGCUCAGCUCAAAGCCAAGACUGUUGCUCUAGAGGAGCUGAACUCGGAGUAUAUAGCUCUGAAAAGAGGACAAGGCAGCAGGGAUGACGUUAAUACUGUUCUUGUCUCACUCAGGGCACGUUACAAUGACAUCAGAGCUAAGUAUGAUGCGCUGCUGAAAAGGAAAAGCCAGACAGACUUGGAUAUACCGCCUUUAAAGGCCAAGCUGUCUUGCCUAGUGGUGAAGUGUCAGGAGAGGAACAGCUUAUUAGAUCAGAUGAUGAAGAUCUUGCAGAGACAAGGCUGUAUGAACCCCUACCUCACACAGCAGGUCGAGCAUCUGCUCAGCGAUGCCGCUCUGCAGGAGUACACUGCAGCAUUCACAUUGGAAAAUAACACAAAGACCUGGGAUUACGCUAGUGGGUUUACUCCUGAAUUUAGUUCAAAAUAUAAAAGCUGCACCAGUAAAUUCAUAACUGAUCGGACCUGCCCCGUUGUAUCCACCUCUGUAAAAAAGCAUCAACAAACUGGAGUCACACCUGAAGCUGGAGUAGAGGGCAGAGGGAAAGAAAUUUCCAUAGUUUCCACCGAAUCUUCAGGAAAUCAUCAAGACUGCGGUAGUGAAUUCACACCUGUACUCACAGGAUCGCUAAAGAAAGACGCCAACUCAUCUGUGCCAUCCUCACCAGUGCAAGAGCAAGCCACCGCCCAGGCGUCAGCGUCACCUGCUCUUCCACCAAAUGAGCGAGAAAUCACUGAUACAGUGCCGGCACAGCUGUCUCCUUCUGCCGGUGGACCGCCCCAAGGAGCCAGUCAACCAGAGAAAUUAGUGUUUCAUCAUCCGGAGAUAAAGAAAGAGAAGUCCUCCCUCUGUGCCACCAGUGUGACUGGAUACUUGUUGAGUCCUACCAUUCCCUCCUCUGUCUCCUUUGCCAGUCCAAAGAGGAGGUUGAGUAGUCCUGAGAAGAUCCUUAACCUCCACGAACAGCUACAGAAGACCCUGAGGAGCAGCUUUGAGGCUCCAAAGAGCAGAGGAAGAGGACAGGACCCCAGGAGGAGUCCAUCACUGUCAGCUCCUGCAGACCUGAACAAAGCCUCUCAGACUAAGACGCUGAGCUUGAGUUUCAAUAAUGCACAGAUCAACUCUCUCACAGUCACCACAGCUAUGAGCCAAGCUCCACACACUCCAGUAGUAACAACUAAACCAGUUGCCGCUAACAAGUCACCAACACUUUUUGAAGCAGUUGCAUCUAGAUCAGUUAAUGCAACCUUCAGUCCCAGCAUCUUUACUAACCAUCACCUUAAAGGGGACACAUCUGCUCUUUCUAGCUCUUCUAACUUUACUCUUUUCACCCCGGCUGCAAAUAAUGUCAAAUCCAUUUUAAGUAAUGGCACUAAUGAAACAUUAUCCUCAAAAAUUACAAAGAAAAUCACUGCAAUCCCUGAUGUAUCCUAUGCCGCGCAUAAAGCUUCUCUACAGAGGGUUGCUACUUUUGACUCUGCUGUUACUAAUCCAAAAGCCACUUCCUCAGAUCCAACUGCCUCUCAAAUAUCAACUGCCCCUGAAGUUACAACUUUCAACAUGACUUCUAAAAUGGAUGGUGCUAUCCCUGAAGUUUCUCAGUCCAGUCAGCUGUCUCACUGCUCUCCUGAGAGAUCGAACAAGUUUGCCACAACAUUCACUCGUUUAGGAAAAAGACCAAAGCCAGAAGCUCCAGCCGAGGUUCGUUCCAUUGAGGUCAUCAAAACAGUGGGUCAGAGCAACCUUAUGAUUGGCUGGGAGAGACCACCACUCGAUGAGCUGGGAUGCAGUAAUGGCACGUUUGUGUAUGGCUAU